GGUGAAAUGGACCGUCAGCAACGCCGUGGCCGACAUAGCCGACGACCUCCAAGCCUCCAAGGCUUGCUUGGCUUCAGCGCCCGACUCGCCACGCGAUGGAGUCUCUUUACCCAGCUGUCACAGCUCCUGUUGGCGAACACGGUAACCGGCGGGCAGGAUUUGCCACCACAGGAUGACGCCACUUCUGCAAUGGAGCAACUGCGGCUUGAAAGUUUCGAAUUGCUGGAAUUUUGGAGUCAAUGUAUGCGGGUGGCGGAUGUGAAUGUGAGCUUGUUGGAAGCCGUGGAGGUGGAAUGUGAUCGACUUGGUGAGGAGCUGGAUGAGAUCGAGACAGAGGCUACGGAGCUUGAGGCAUGCGCUACUGAGUUGCGGCACCCGAAGGCGCGUCAUCAGUUGCAAGUUGAUCGUCUGCAGACCAUCGAAUCGCGACUCAACAACCUCUCUCAAACACCUGUCGGAUAUCUUGAUUGGCCAGAACUUCCUAUCAAGCUCCAGACCAGUGCUGUGUCGACUCCGUCAAGCGUCCGUGAUGCGUGCCCGGUACCGAAAAUUUCCUCUGUGAAGGGCCUCCACUCGCGAAUCGCCUCUCUUGUAGAUAGGUAUCAGCGAAUCUUGCCCAGCACCGAUGACGACGAAGAAAGGCGAGUUGGGGCGAUCACCUUGGUGGAUUCUUGUGAGACCAAAAUUACGGACCUCGAGGCAGCAGCCAUCUCGGCCGAGAAUUUAUUAUCCGUCUUGCGACGGUGUAUGAACCAGUUUUCCCUUCCAUCAGCUGAACAGUCGACGCAUGUGAACGUCCUCUUUUUGGACUGUGCUCUCCAGGCUCAGAUGAAUCUUAUGAAGGAGCUGCGAGAAAAGCAUGCUGCCGUGCUGUCAUGCCUUCAAGAGUUUGAGCGUCCUGACAACUACGACUCCUUGGACCCAUCUCUAAAGCCGGAGACGCUUGAACGCCGACUGGAGCAGUUUAUAGACUCCUUUGUCAAAUUCUACUCAGACCGUCAGAUGCCAGUUGAAGUAGCCCACGUUCCGAUUCUUCUGCUCCGUCUGCGAGAACUCGAACGAGUUGUGCGGGUUGGAGAACACGAGAACUCGUUGCAUAUGAAAGCGUCUUCACUUGGCCAGCAGUCUGACAUGCUGGGAGCCUGUGGACAUCUGCAAGCCUUCGUAUUCCAGUUAAUCAAAGUCACCACCAGACUGGAUACUCACGUGGAAGCCUCGUUAGGCCAACGUCGUUGUCAGCAGGAUGUUGAGACUGCCGCACGCGCGGAACGAGAACUCCACGUCAUGCUGUUGGCCAUGGAGGCUCUUAGCAUGGGUCAACAAUCGGGCACCAAAGAGGGCUCGCCACGCGCUUCUCUGGAGCUCCUGUCGGUUCUGCUCUUCAAUGACGGACAUAUUCGGGAACUUCUGGCUGAGUCCUCAUCAAAAACUGAACAGGAGACUAGAGUAACAGACCUCUACGUUCAGUUGACGCGUGCCUCAACGUCUGGUCGGGGUGAGGAGACACAACAGCCGUUUGCUGACCUCCUCGCGGCCGGUGGACAACUGCUUUCAGAAAUCCAGAAUCUGCCAUCCUCUCCACUUUGGAAGCUUCCGGCCGAUUAUAUUGCCACUGUCGCUGUUGCUGUGGAUAAGAUAUCCGCCGCCCUGGAAGGUGUACGACAGUGCCAGCUCUGUAUCAACCUCCAGUACUCUUCCACAUAUAUCCUCCAUGCUGUAACUGAGGCAGAAAAGCGUGUUUAUGCUAGCGUUUGCAACUACCUUUCAAACUUUGUGACCUACAGUGUCGAGGCCCAGCAGUAUCCGAAUAUCCUGCAAUCACCCACUCAUCUUAUUGGAGCAUUCCACCAAUCGCUGAGCUCUGUACUCUUUCCGCUUGACAAAACACCUGUCAGUGAAGAUGAUACGAGCUCUAUGGCGCGCUCCGAUAACUACUUGGAACAGUUUUCCACGCUAGGAAAUUUCCAAGUUCUGUCUGAGUUCGAUAUCUACGUCAGGGAUACCGCCCGGGUUUUAGGAACGGUCAUUGAACUAGACUUAGCUUUCAUUCACGCGCACCUCGAAACCCUUGAAACCUACUGUCAAAAGGAGGGGUGUACUUCCGAAGAAUUCAGAGCCAACUUUGCUGCCGCGAAAAUUGCACUGUCUGAAAGUCAACGAGAACUCGAGAGAACCGCUGCAAGUAUCGAGGAGUUGCGAUGGCAGUUCCCAGACUUGAAACUUCGCAUCUUCCACCUCCACUGCCGCCUGAUGAUCCCACCAGUUCUCAUCCUGCCUCCAUCCUUAAAUACACAAAAGGCCUCCUUACGAAUUCUCGUAGGUUCUUUUGAUUGA